UCAUCAGUCGGCAGGAGCUGACUGCCAGAGACUGUGGAUUCGUUUAAGCGGGUUCGGGGAACAACGCGGAGCCAGGUUCCGGACCGAGUGCGAAGUGGAGAGCAUUUCUCCCAGCCGCACCGACAGGCUGCGCUUCAGUGUGUAAAACUGAAGUAGCGGCAGGAAAUUCAAACGGAAAAGGAAGCGAGUACCACUGUCUCUCUCUGUAAGUUGUGCCACCGAGCGAGUUGGGAGCGCAGUCCAAUGGAAGGUCUUGUGCACUACUAGUCUGCCUCUGCGCGGCUGUGCGUUAAAUCCGUCGUCCAUGUAUCCUCCAAAGGGGUUUCACCUCUGCCUCCUGCUCCUUACCGGUCUCCAUGCUAUAUCUACGGAGCCCAGCUACCAGUUUGACUCUCGCACCAAUAACAUCGCAAUGAGCGCCCGCGACGGCGGCAGGGUGUAUGUGGCCACCGACAACUCUCUGUACCAGUUCAACCGGAGCCUGGCGCUGGAGAUGAGGGUGAGCACCGGGCCGCGGGUGGACGGGCCGUGCACGCAGAGAGGUGGUUGCUGCGUUCCCUGGAAGAACACCGAUAAUGUGAACAGGAUCCUGGUGGUGGACGAGAAGAACCAGCAUCUGCUCACCUGUGGCACGGUAAGAACGGGCGCCUGUGAGGUGCGUCAACUGAGCAACAUCAGCGACUUCAAGGAGGACAGUUUGGGCCGAGUGGCCGCGCAAGAUCCCCGCGCCUCCACCGUCGCUUUCCCAGUCGAAUUCAAUCGAAAGUCUUACAUGCUGACGGCCGUCACGGCCACCGGCGAAAAUAGCAGGUUUGUCCCCCAAAGCUGCGUGGGCAAUAGCAGUUACUACGCGAUAGAGGAAGCGCAGGUCUUUCUGAGAUUACUGGAGGGAUCGGACACCUUUCUUCAUUAUGACUCCGCUUUUAAAGAACCGGUUGUCAAGUUUCCGAAUUCCGCGGAGCACCAAUUUGUCCAGGGUUUCUUUUGGAGCAACCGUUUCUACAUCUCACUCAAUACCAACAUCGGCGGCCCCCAGAUUUUCUCCGUGGAAGGUCCUCUGUUAGGGAACGACGAGCUGUUUCGGUCCGACGCUCUGGUCAAUGUAUCCUGCCGACUGACCGGGAAUGGAAAUCUUCAGGUUCUAUCAUCCGCCCACAUCCGGACCCCUCUCUCCCAGUCCUUCAUGGCUGUAGUCUUCUCUCGACAGAAACAACCCCAGCACAAUGCCCUCUGCGUUUACAACUUGGAGCAGCUUGACCGAUAUAAAAGCACAGAUCAGAAUCAAUUAGACAGAACACCACUGUUUAAUUACCCUGGAUUGCUCUCAGUGUCAGCAACAUUGGUGCAGAACUGGACUGUACUGUUCCUUGGGACAGAAGAUGGACAAUUAAUUAAGCUGGUUCUGGAUGAAAAUAUGGAAGUUAUUCGCCCAAGUAUUCUGAAUGAGCUGAGAGAUGAAUCUCCAAUACGCCACAGCAUAUUGCUUGAUAAAGUGGACCCAAAUUACUUAUACCUGUUAACUGAGAGGAUGGUGAGAAGGCUGAAGGUGGCAUCCUGCAUGCAGUACAGCUCGUGUGAAUGUUGUUUGGCUGCACAGGAUCCGUACUGUGGUUGGUGUAUUCUCAAGGGAAGGUGCUCCUUUAGGAGUGAAUGUCAAGAAGCAAAUUGGAUCAACAUUGCAAAACAAGCCGACAGCUGCCCAUAAGUUACCCUUAAACCUGUGGCAAUAGAUCGUACUUUGAAGGAAGAGCUGGUAAUACAAGAUUAGCACAAAUUUUAGAAAUUGCCUCAUGGAUUGUUUCAGUAUGUUAAUUUUGUGCAUGCAGGUCCACUCCAGGUUACAAACAUUAAUAAAUAGACGAUAUGUGAGUGAGUGUUUGGGAGUCUGCUAGGAUGGACUUGCUGUGGGGCUGCAGGAUGAGAACGGGACAUUUCCAUGUGUCUCCCUCACCCCGUCCAGGCCUGGCCAAGCUGAGCAGAACAGGAGGUGCUGUAGACUCACACAUUCACUUACUCCAGUUGGUACAUGCUCCUCCUGCGCCUGAUUUGUCCUCACACACAGAUGUUACUACGAUUCUCUUCCACACAUCAUUUAUAUUGUUUUCAUAUUGAUGAUAUGUGUGAGUUAGGAACAGUCUUAAAGAACAGAGCCUCAUUGUAACCUGGGGUGAUAAAACAUACAACAGAAUACCACAGUACAGGCCUUUCAUCACAUGAUAUUGUGCAAAAUUUGUAACCUACUCUAAGAUAAAUUUAAUACUUCCUGCUACAUAGCCCUCCAUUUUUUAAAUCAUACAUGUGGCUAAAAAUUUGCUUAAAUGUCCUUAAUGUAUCUGCCUCUACUACCACCCCUGACAGGCCGUUCCACACACUGUAUAUAAAAAAAAAUGCUUCUGAUAUCCCCUGUAUACUUCCCUCUAAUCAGCCAUUUCCACCCUGGGGGAAAAGUCUAUGUCUGUCCACUCAAUCUAUGCCUCUUAUCAUCUUAUACACCUUAAUCAAGUUGCUUUUCAUCCUCUUUUACUCCAGAGCCAGAAGUCUUCACUUGUUCAUCCUAUCUUUAUAAGAUAUGCUCUCUAAUCAAGGCAGUAUCCUGAUAAAUUGCCUCUGCACCUCUUCUGAAGCUUCUACAUCCUUCCUAUAAAAAGGCAACCAGAAUUGAAUAGAACACUCCACAUAUGAUCUAGCCACAGAGCACAGAAAAUUUUGUCCUACUCUCAUCUAAAGGUUACUCAAGCAUCAGAAAAUAGGAUGAUUUACAAUCAUCAGAGAGGACUAGAUGAAUUAGGCAAUCUUCCUGGGAAAAGAAAAAGUUAAGAUACAAAUGAGCCCUUUUUGAGGAAAGUACAGAACCUUAGGAUUUUGAGUUUGGUUCAUAAUAAAUGUAAUAGGGUCCUGAUUCAGUCGCGAUGAAGUGUUUCGAUCCAAAUCAUUGACUGUUUAUGGAUGUUGUCUGACCUGCUGAGUUCCUCCAGCAUUUUAUGUUCAUUACUCUGAAUUUCCAGCACGUGCAAAAUGGCAUGUUUAUAAUGUAAUAGGAAUUCAGGGAGAAACAUUUUUUGUCCAAAGAUUAGAAUGUAUUUCACUCAAUUACAAGGAGUAAAUUAAUUAAACAACAGAUUAUUUCAAGGAAAAUGUCACUAAAGGUGUUGUGGAUAUGUAUGUGUAAUAAUAACAUGUCAAUUUAUCUAUAACAAAAUGGAGCCUGUAUUGUACCAGAGUGCCUUGCUAAUAGUGUCUGAGCAACAUUAUGGUAUUGGACUUUGAAUAUCUGACAAACUGCAGAAAGACAAGCAGAUGCAUUACUGGAAGAAUGUUAAGUAGAGUUGAUUAAGCAGAUGUACAGAAUGUUCUUGAACUGAAUCUAACACUUGGAAAUAGAAGAGGAUUAUGCAGUCUGUUUCUUUUAAGCUAAUGACUGGCUCAUCUGUGGUGAUGGUCUUCCCUUGCAACAAGUAAAUUAAACUUGCUUCUGAUUGA